UGUGGAAGUAGCACAAAGGUGGUGGAACAAAAGAACGUUUUGCGGAAUCACAGGCUUAUCCUGGAUUCUAUAGAUCGUAGCAAUCUGGAGUGAAUAUUCUUUCUCUGAUAGUAGAUUCCACUGCAGAUGUUGUGGGAUUAAGAAAGACCGGAAGAAACCUUGAACCCCCUCCGCCCACCUCAGUCGAUGCCGUGAAGAGAGCCGCUGCCGCUGACUUGGCACUUUUAACUGUGUGGGCCCAUCGUCCGGUUCCUAAUAAUAUGAGUCGGCCCGAUGGAGCCUCGCCUGCUUUUAGCCUUUUGGGCUCCCGCUGGGCCGCGCACCGACCCUUACAAUGUUCUCUUUUCUUUUGCUGGCUUCCUCGUCCAAGCCACGUAUCCGUCACCUUCUAGGGCAGAAUCCGUUGCCAUGCUCUCCCUCGCUCGGAAGCUCUCCCCACAGCCAAGGAGGUUGUCUUCAUCGUCGUCAUCAUCAUCAACGCUUUCCUUCCUCUACCUGUCUACUUCUCCAACCUCCUCCGAUUCGAUCCCUCCGCCGCUGCUUUCGGCUUCCUCCCCGUUCCACCGACGAAACCCUCCUCUGCCCCUUCAUCCUCUCUUCUCCCCCUUCCUCCGCCCCUUCUCCUCCUCCCAUGCCCCAUUCCCGCCUUCGCUUCCUCCCCUUUCCGCUCUCCGUGGCGGAUGCUACGGCGAAGGCGACGUCGAUGUCGACUGCCCCCCUCCUCACCUCCUCCCGCUUUGCCCCGGCUGCGGCGUCCACAUGCAGUCCUCCGACCAAACCCUCCCCGGCUUCUUUUCCCUCCCCUCACCCAAGUCGCCCGACUAUCGCGCCCCGAUAGAUCGAUCCCGCCCCGUCGCCGCCGACGACACCUGCCUCUCGCUCUUCCUCAAGUCGGGUCACCUCCUUCCGGCGGAGGAUCCCGAGCCCCCUGUCCCUUCUGAGCAGUCUGGCAGGCCUCUUGUCUGCGCCCGAUGCCACUCCCUCCGCCACUACGGCCGCGUCAAGAACCCCUCCGCCGAGAACCUCCUCCCGGAUUUCGACUUCGACCGCAUGGUCGGACCCAAGAUGGUCUCUCCGUCCGGCCCCCGCACCGUCGUCCUCAUGGUCGUCGAUGCCGCCGAUUUCGACGGCUCCGUCCCCCGCAAGGUCGCUCGGCUGGUCUCCUCCUCCAUUGACAAGUACUCCAGGGCCUGGAAGGAGGGGAAGCCCGGGAACGUGCCACGGGUAGUACUUGUAGUCACCAAGAUCGACCUUCUCCCUUCCUCGAUAUCUCCCGACGCGUUCGAGGACUGGGUCCGGAAGAGGGCCAGCGUGUGGGGAGUCAACAAGUUGACGGGGGUGCACCUGGUGAGCGCUGUGAGGAAUUGGAGGGUGCGCGAUAUCGUUGACCAUGUGAGGGAGCUCGCGGGAGUGCGGGGCAAUGUGUGGGCAGUGGGGGCACAAAAUGCCGGUAAGUCUACAUUGAUCAACGCCAUGGGGAGAUGCGUCGGGGACAAGGUGAGCCACUUGACAGAGGCUCCAGUGCCCGGUACUACUUUGGGGAUUGUUAGAGUGGAGGGAGUUCUCAGUGGACAGGCUAAACUGUUCGACACGCCAGGUAUCCUGCAUCCUUACCAGAUCACAAUGAGGUUGACGAGGGAAGAACAGAAGCUGGUCCAUAUGAGCAAAGAGUUGCGUCCUAGGACUUACAGAAUCCAGGCACGACAUUCUGUUCAUAUUGGUGGACUCUUCAGGGUAGAUGUUGAGGAAUUAUCUGUAGACUCGAUCUAUCUUACUGUAUGGGCGUCACCACUUAUUCCACUGCAUAUGGGCAAAACAGAGAAGGCAUCCAUGAUGAUAGAACAUCAUUUUGGUCGACAACUACAGCCUCCUAUCGGUGAGGAGCGCAUCAAUGAACUUGGCAAAUGGGUGAGGAAGGAAAUUAAUGUAAGCGGGAACAGUUGGGAUGCAAGUUCUGUUGAUAUAGCAGUUGCUGGUCUUGGUUGGUGUGCUAUUGGACUGAAAGGAGAGGCAGUUUUGGGUGUUUGGACAUAUGAUGGGAUUGAUGUUGUACAGCGCAACUCCUUGAUUUCUAGAAGAGCAGCAAUCUUUGAAGAAGCAGGAUUUACAGAUUCGAAGAUUGUUUCUCAGGCUGAUAGUGCGGGGAGCAAGCUGAACCGAAGCACCUGCUGCACCUUCGGAAACAUUUGAUGCAGCCGUGGGUGCUUGAUUGUUGUUUGGUAGAUGACUCAAAAUGGUAUCACCGUCUUCUGCCAUUGUAGUCUUUUGGAGGAAGCCAUGAGUUACUAAUUAAGAGGUUUGAGCAUAAGGGAGCUACAGGUGAUGGUGGGCAUGACACUCAAAUUACUUACACAUGGGCAUAGAAUUCAUUCUUGUAACUUAUUAGCAGGUAUUAUCUUCACCAGUAUAUCUUGAUCGUUAAUAUAUCUGUCGGAGGUAGGUAUUGAAAUCAGUUUCUGCAAGUGGAUGGCUUGUGGUGAGUGGACUGAUGGUUGAUGGUCAUGCCUGUGCCAAGAAUCAUCAAAUGCCAGCAUGAUUUUGCUAAGAUUCGAGGUGGUCCAAUAUCUGCUGUUGAUAAGAUAGUUUCUGGGAGGUCGCUUCCUGUGUUUUUUAAUCACCUGGAAGAUGACAUAUGACGUUCUCUGAGAGUGACGGAGGAUCAUAGCAAUGGGUUUCAAUUAAAUUUAUCUAGAUAUUUAAAUCUGACACAGGUAUCUACUUUAUUAUUGGAACUUUGCUUAAGGAAAUUUUGAUCUAUUUACAUCUAUGCUUUAGGACAUGUGGAUAUUUGAAUGUUAUGCCGUUAUUACUGGAGCUUUGGUUGUAAUCUUAAAAGUACCAACAGGGGAGAGAAUGAUUCUUCA